UUGUGGGCAAACAGUUCAGUACCGUACCGGCUGCCGCGGUGAGCGUGCGUGCGUUUGGAACCAGUUUUCGUUCGCCGAAUUUAUCUUAACGGAUAAACGAACGCGCCGAAAGCUCAACUCGAAACGAAAAUAAGAAAUCUAGUCAUUUUUUACUUUUUUUUAUUAUUUACUAAAAUGAAAUAAUUAGGGACAGUGCUAUAUUUUAAGUGAUAAAUAAUUUAGCUGUACUUAUUUAGUGUGUAGGUUGUUAAAGUGAUAAAAUGCAGAUACUUAAAGCACGCUUCGCCUUAAGGGCGUCGGCAUCACAAUUCCAAGCAUGGAGUGCGGCUAAGCAUCGUACGGCAACCACUGACUCAAAGUCAGUGGAGUACAAACCAAUUAGGAGCGUAUUAGUAGCUAAUAGAGGUGAAAUCGCCAUCAGAGUGUUCCGAGCAUGUACCGAACUCGGGAUCCGGUCGGUGGCGAUCUACAGCGAGCAAGACAAAUUGCAGAUGCACAGACAAAAAGCCGACGAGUCUUAUUUAGUUGGCAAAGGUCUGCCUCCAGUGGAAGCGUACCUCAGCAUUCCAGAGAUCAUCAGGGUCGCGAAGGAGAAUGACGUUGAUGCGGUCCACCCUGGAUAUGGACUGCUGUCUGAGAGGUCAGACUUCGCGCAGGCGAUCAUCAACGCAGGGCUUCGUUUCAUCGGGCCCUCGCCGGCCGUGGUGCAACAGAUGGGGGACAAGGUCGCCGCUAGAAAGGCUGCCAUCGAAGCCAAGGUCCCUAUUGUGCCUGGUACUGACGGACCAGUGACUACCAAAGAGGAGGCUCUCGAAUUCUGCAAGCAACAUGGACUACCGGUCAUAUUUAAGGCUGCCUACGGCGGUGGCGGUCGCGGUAUGCGUGUGGUCCGAGAAAUGAGCGAGGUGGCUUCAAACUUCGAGCGAGCUUCGUCCGAGGCGUUAGGUGCCUUCGGAAACGGAUCCAUGUUCAUUGAAAGAUUCAUCGAAAGACCCAGGCAUAUUGAAGUGCAGUUGUUGGGUGACAAAGCCGGCAACGUGGUUCACCUGUACGAGCGAGACUGCUCAGUGCAGAGGCGGCACCAAAAGGUCGUUGAGAUUGCGCCCGCGCCGCAUCUAGACCCUGAAGUAAGUAUUUGA